UCUGCCGGGUAAGGAGAUCACCAUCCCGGCUGAUGUCACCCCCGAGAAGGUCCCCACACACAUAGUGGAUUACUCAGAGUCGGAGCAGACGGAGGAUGAGCUGCAGGAGGAGAUCACCAAGGCCAACGUGGUCUGUGUGGUGUACGAUGUCACCAAGGAGGCCACCAUCGAGAAGAUCCGCACCAAAUGGAUCCCCAUGGUGAACGGGGGAGUGGAGAAAGGCUCCAGGAUCCCCAUUAUUUUAGUGGGAAACAAGUCUGACCUGCAGGUGGGGAGCUCCAUGGAUGUCAUCCUGCCCAUCAUGAACCAGUUCUCAGAGAUUGAGACCUGUGUGGAGUGCUCUGCCAAGAACCUCAAGAACAUCUCUGAGCUCUUCUACUACGCCCAGAAAGCUGUGCUGCACCCCACCGCCCCGCUCUAUGACCCAGAGGAGAAGCAGCUGAAACCUGCAUGUGCACGAGCACUGACCCGGAUUUUCAACCUCUCGGACCAGGAUAACAACCAGAUCCUUAGUGAUGAUGAACUCAACUACUUCCAGAAGUCCUGCUUUGGAAACCCACUGGCUCCCCAAGCCCUGGAGGACGUGAAGAUGGUUGUAUGGAAGAACACCACAGAUGGGGUGCAGGACAACGGCCUGACAUUGAACGGCUUCCUCUUCCUCAACACACUCUUCAUCCAGAGGGGCCGACACGAGACCACCUGGACCAUCCUUCGCCGCUUCGGGUACGACGACGAGCUGGAGCUGACGGAUGACUAUCUCUACCCACAGUUCCGUGUGCCGCCCGGCUGCUCCACAGAGCUCAACCACUUGGGCUACCAGUUCCUGCAGCGAAGCACUACAAGGUGAGCAGCACGUGGAGGAGCUG